AUGAUGAAAGCAACGAGUAUCAACACUAAUGCCCAGUCCAACGACUGGCGCUUGACCCUCUUUGGGGAUGACAUUCGCCUCAACCCCUCAACCAUCGACGGCCAGAAAGAUAACGCUCCAGAUGUGGAACAAGCCCCACCGGUUGCGACAUUCGUGCCGACCCUCGAAGCAUUUGAUCCCAAGCUUUAUGACUACAUUGCCAUCUUUAUCGGUGCCAACUACUGUCCACAUUGCCGCGAGUUUGCUCCUACUGUCGCCUCCAGCGUGCCAGCCCUCGAGCAGACAAAGCGCUGUAAGGUUGUCUUUGCGAGCAACGACCGUGAUGAAGACAACUUUGAACAGAGCCGGAAGAAAAAUGCGGGCAUUGACGUGAUGCCUUAUGAUGUCUCCAAGACUCAGGCGAUGCGAGACCUCUUUGGCUUGAAGACUAUUCCCGCCUUCAUGAUCAUCAAGAAUGACAACUUCCAGGCCGAAUCCCCUACUGUUGUGACCAACGCCCGCCACAAGCUCGUCGCGGAUCCUUUCGCAAAGAAUUUCCCCUGGACGGAGGACGAUAAGAAGACGCAACAACAGGAAGCCAUGUCGACAAUGGAGAGGUUCUGGAUUCAGGGAAAGUAUGGUCACUGGUGGCAGUUGGGCCAUCAUGCCAACCCUGAAAAGCCCGAUGACAUGUACAUGGACGAACACGCUGUCCGCAUUCGCGCUGGAAUCCUCAACAGCAUCACCUGGAUUGCCUUGAUGAACGUAUUCUUUUGGAAGGAUCAGAUCUAUGUGCACAUCCUCUUCCCUUUGGUUGCCUGGGAAUUUCUGUCUAGUAUGACGUUUGGCAUGACUCCGUUGGCACCAAUUGGCACCAUUGGAACUCUUCUCGCGAUCCUUUUGACCCCAGCUCCUCACUGGAAACCAGCUCGUCCCAAGCGAUUUGCCUGGGCGAUUGGGUUGACCUUGGCAACUCUUUGCUUCACCUUCUUUUCCCUCCGCGAAGAGUUGGGAUCCAGCUACCGCUACCUCAUUGCUGGGGUUGUGUUGACCUGUAAUGUGGCAACCUGGUUGGAAUCUUCAGCAGGUUUCUGUCUUGGGUGCUUCGUCUACAACAACUACUUGGUCCCCUGGUUGGAGUUGGAACAGUGCCAAGAGUGUCAGUUGUAG